AUGGCGAACGUUUACUUCCCAUAUUCCAAGGCGCCUUUGCGCACCAUCAAGGAAAUUCAGUUUGGUCUCUUCUCCCCGGAGGAGAUCAAACGGAUGAGCGUGGUUCAUGUUGAAUACCCGGAGACGAUGGAUGAACAACGGCAACGUCCGCGCACAAAGGGCUUGAACGACCCCCGCCUCGGAACGAUCGACCGACAAUGGAACUGCGAGACUUGCGAGGAAGGUCAAAAAGAAUGCCCCGGGCACUUCGGACACAUCGAGCUGGCGACUCCCGUUUAUCAUAUUGGUUUCUUGACUAAAAUCAAGAAGCUCCUUGAGACGGUCUGCCACAACUGUGGCAAGAUCAAGGCCAAUACGUCCGAUUCUAAGUUUCUAGAAGCCCUGCGCAUGAGGGACCCCAAGAAACGAUUCGAUGCCAUCUGGCGCCUCUCCAAAGAUGUGCUGAUCUGCGAAGCCGACCCUCCUCCGGAUGAUGAGGAUCCUUUCUCGAAAGAGAACUCCAAGCCUUCGCGGAUGCAUGGUGGAUGUGGUAACGCGCAGCCUACCAUUCGCAAGGAGGGUAUUACGCUCGUCGGCACUUGGAAGCCCAACAAGAUGAUGGACGAGAUGGAUAUGCAACAACCCGAGAAGAAGACCAUUACCCCUCUAAUGGCUUUGAAUGUCUUUCGCAGCAUCACCCACGAAGAUACUCGCAUCAUGGGCUUGAGCAACGAUUAUGCUCGUCCUGAGUGGAUGAUUAUAACAGUCCUCCCAGUCCCCCCUCCGCCAGUCCGUCCUAGUGUGGUUGUCGGCGGUAGCACCAGUGGCCAGCGUGGUGAGGAUGACUUGACUUACAAGCUUGCUGAAAUCGUUCGAGCGAACCAGAAUGUUCAACGCUGUGAGCAAGAAGGUGCUCCCGAACACGUGGUGCGCGAAUUCGAGUCUCUCUUGCAGUAUCACGUCGCCACCUACAUGGACAACGAUAUUGCGGGUCAGCCGAAGGCCAUGCAGAAGUCCAACCGUCCAGUCAAGGCUAUCCGCAGUCGUCUAAAGGGUAAAGAAGGUCGUCUUAGACAGAAUUUGAUGGGCAAGCGUGUCGACUUCUCUGCCCGUACCGUCAUUACCGGUGAUCCGAACCUGUCACUCGAAGAGGUCGGCGUGCCGAAGAGUAUUGCAAAGACAUUGACUUACCCGGAGGUCGUGACCCCAUACAACAUCGAGAAACUGCAGCAACUUGUGCAGAACGGUCCGAACGAGCACCCUGGAGCCAGGUAUAUCGUUAGAGACAAUGGCGAACGCAUUGAUCUUCGCCAUGCUCGGAGAGCGGGAGGUCAGCAGUUGUUGUAUGGGUGGAAGGUGGAACGCCAUCUUAUGGAUGGUGAUGUGAUUCUUUUCAACCGUCAGCCUUCUCUGCACAAGGAAUCCAUGAUGGGUCACCGCGUUCGUGUCAUGCCGUAUUCGACUUUCCGCAUGAACUUGUCUGUGACGUCCCCCUACAACGCUGAUUUCGAUGGUGAUGAAAUGAACUUGCACGUCCCUCAAUCUGAGGAAUCGCGGGCCGAGCUCAGCCAGCUCGCACUGGUGCCGAUGAAUAUUGUUUCCCCCCAGCGAAACGGCCCACUUAUGGGUAUCGUGCAGGAUACUCUUUGCGGUAUUUAUAAGAUUUGCCGACGUGAUGUCUUCCUGACGAAGGAUCAGGUCAUGAAUCUGAUGAUGUGGGUGCCAGACUGGGAUGGUGUUAUUCCUCCCCCAGCUAUCUUGAAACCCAGACCCCGGUGGACUGGAAAGCAGAUGAUUAGUAUGGCCCUGCCUCCUGGCCUGAACCUCUUACGUGUGGACAAGGACAGCUCGCCAUUGGCGGAGAAAUUCUCUCCCUUGGCUGAUGGUGGUCUCCUCAUCCACGGAGGACAGUUGAUGUAUGGUAUGUUUUCCAAGAAGACUGUCGGAGCAAGCGGUGGCGGUGUCAUCCACACCAUUUUCAACGAAAACGGGCCUUGGGCUGCUGUGGGUUUCUUUAACGGUGCUCAAAGAAUUGUCAACUACUGGUUGCUACACAACGGUUUCAGUAUCGGUAUUGGUGACACCAUUCCUGACGAGUUAACAAUCCAGCGCAUCGAGAACUGUGUGAAGAACCGCAAGAAGGAGGUUGAGGAAAUCACUGCUAGCGCCACCGACAACACGCUCGAGCCUCUACCUGGUAUGAACGUCCGUGAGACUUUUGAGAGCAAGGUCUCGCGUGCUCUGAACAAUGCUCGUGAUGAAGCUGGUAGCGAGACGGAGAAGAGUUUGAAGGAUCUGAAUAACGCCAUCCAGAUGGCUCGCUCCGGUUCCAAGGGUUCAACCAUUAACAUCUCUCAGAUGACAGCUGUUGUGGGACAACAGUCCGUCGAGGGCAAGCGUAUUCCCUUUGGUUUCAAGUAUCGGACUUUGCCACAUUUCACGAAGGAUGACUAUUCUCCCGAGUCUCGUGGUUUCGUCGAAAAUUCCUACUUGCGUGGGUUGACCCCGACCGAGUUCUUCUUCCACGCUAUGGCUGGUCGUGAGGGUUUGAUCGAUACUGCCGUCAAGACUGCUGAAACCGGUUACAUCCAGCGUAAGCUGGUCAAGGCGCUUGAAGAGGUUAUGGUCAAGUACGAUGGUACUGUCCGUAACUCCCUGGGUGACAUCAUCCAGUUCAUCUAUGGAGAGGAUGGUUUGGAUGGUGCCCACAUUGAGAACCAACGUGUCGAUGUUAUCAGGUGCUCGGACGACAAGUUCCGCGAUCGCUUCCGCGUGGAUCUCAUGGAUCCUGAGCGGAGCCUGGGACCGGAGGUCUUGGAACAAGCCAAUGAGAUUGCGGGUGAUGUUGAAGUCCAGAGACAUCUGGAUGAAGAAUGGGAACAGCUUCUCAAGGAUCGUGCAUUCUUGCGCACCGUGGCCAAGGAAGACGAUGAGAUGAUGCAACUUCCGAUCAACGUGCUACGUAUUCUCGAGACGGCUAGAUCCACCUUCAAGAUCCGUGAUGGGGCCAUCAGUGACCUGCACCCCGCGGAAGUCAUUCCCCAGGUUCGCGCUCUUCUGGAUCGCCUGCUGGUUGUGCGUGGUGACGAUGUUAUCUCGCGCGAGGCUCAAGAGAGUGCGACGAUGCUCUUCAAGGCUCAGCUUCGCAGCCGUCUUGCAUUCAGACGACUGGUCACUGAGUACUCCCUGAACAAACUUGCGUUCCAGCAUGUCAUUGGAGCUAUCGAGAUGAGAUUCGCUAAGGCUGGUGCUAAUCCUGGCGAGAUGGUUGGUGUGCUUGCGGCUCAGUCUAUUGGUGAGCCUGCUACGCAGAUGACUUUGAACACUUUCCAUUUUGCUGGUGUUUCGUCCAAGAACGUCACCCUCGGUGUCCCCCGUCUAAAGGAAAUUUUGAACGUUGCUACCAACAUUAAGACGCCUUCCAUGACGGUCUACCAGGAAGCCGGAAACACGUUCAACAAGGAGAGUGCGAAGCAGCUUCGUAGUGCUGUCGAGCAUACCAGCUUGCGAUCCGUCACCGAGGCUACCGAGAUCUACUAUGACCCAGACAUUCAAACCACUGUCAUCGAAAACGAUCGGGAUAUGGUGGAGUCUUACUUCAUCAUUCCCGAGGAUGUCACGGAUGACAUGUCCCGUCAGUCGAAGUGGUUGCUUCGUAUCAUCCUUAGUCGCCCUAAGCUUCUCGAUAAGGGGCUUACUGUUCAGGACGUUGCCUCCAAGAUCAAGGCCGCUUAUCCCAAGGAUAUCGCUGUUCUGUUUAGUGAUAACAACGCAGACGAGCAGGUUAUCCGUAUCCGUCAGAUCCAGGAUUAUAAGGAAGACGAGGAAGAUGACGACAUCGAAUACGAUGUCACGCUCAAGAAACUUGAGCAGCAUCUUCUGGACACCCUGACCCUCCGUGGUGUUCCUGGAGUGGAGCGAGCGUUCAUUAAUGAGAAGAGCAAGGUUCGCGUCCUGGAAGACGGUUCGCUCUUUGCUAGCAAGUCCGACCCGCUCUGUAAAGAAUGGGUUCUCGAAACCAGCGGUUCAUCACUUGGUGAGGUUCUGGCAAUCCCUGGUGUCGACGCCUCUCGCACGUAUUCCAACCAGUUCAUUGAGGUCUUCGAGGUGUUUGGUAUCGAGGCCGCUCGUACUGCUGUGCUUCGUGAGUUGACCCAGGUGCUGGCGUUCGACGGUUCUUAUGUCAACCACCGUCACUUGGCGCUGCUGGUUGAUGUUAUGACUGUUCGUGGUUAUCUGACUCCGGUCACCCGUCACGGUAUUAACCGCGCUGACAAUGGUGCUCUGAUGCGUUGUUCGUUCGAAGAGACUGUGGAAAUUCUGUUGGAGGCUGCCGCUUUCGGUGAGCUCGAUGACUGCCGUGGUGUGUCGGAGAACUUGAUCUUGGGACAGAUGGCACCUGCUGGUACUGGAGAGUUCGACAUCUACCUUGACCAGAACCUUCUCAACACCGUGGUGUCAGACAAUGCCCGCCACGGCGUGAUGGGAGCCGUUGGUGCCAAGGAUGCGAUCUUCUCGGAUGGCGCUGCUACGCAGUAUGAUACUGGUUCGCCCAUGCAGGCCAGUGCCUACAUUGGCUCGCCCGAUCCAGAAUCGAACUUCUCCCCAAUUCGUCAGGCAGGCGCCGAAACCCCGGGCGGUUUCACUGAAUACCAGCCCAGUGGCGGCUUUGGAGGUGGUUUCAGCCCGGCGGCCACGAGUCCAGCUGGCUACUCCCCCAGCAGUCCGUUCAGCGCGAACCCGACUUCACCUGGAUACUCUCCUACCUCGAGCUACUCGCCUACCUCUCCAGGUAUGGCUAUGACCAGCCCCCGCUUCAUGACAUCUCCUGGAUUCUCCCCGGCCAGUCCUUCAUUCGCCCCGACCUCGCCGGCCUACUCUCCUACGUCGCCGGCGUACGGGCAAGCCUCUCCUACGUCGCCUUCUUAUUCGCCGACCUCGCCUGGGUUCUCACCGACGUCCCCGAACUACAGUCCUACGUCUCCCAGCUUCAGUCCAGCGUCGCCGGCGUUCAGCCCUACCUCUCCAAGCUACAGCCCGACCAGUCCUGCCGUUGGUGGUGCCCGACACCUGUCACCUACCUCUCCCACCUCUCCCAAGUACACCCCAACAUCGCCUGGAUGGUCUCCUACGAGUCCUCAGACAUACUCUCCAACGUCUCCCAACUUUGCCGGCUCGCCGACGUCUCCUGGUGGACCUACUUCCCCAGGCUACAGCCCGACGUCGCCGGCUUUCAGCCCUACGUCUCCACGCCAGUAA